CCGCGCGAGACGCGCACCAACCCUCGCGAGACCGUCUUCCCGCCGCGGGGCGGGCUGAGGGCGCGGCGGGGAGGCGCGCGCCGCGGCCAAAAGCUCAGCGACCGGGACGCGCACCCUUUUCCUGCAGCAUUUAAAGGGUCAAAAGUGAGGCAAAAACCCAGGACGAACAAACCCCCGAGUCCCGACGAAGACGGGCUGUUGCGUUCUUGUGCCACAGCAGCGGCAGGUGCCCGUCCUCCGUUGUCUUCUAAGAUCAGCUUGGAAUGGAAUGACAGUACAAUGUGUCUUCAGACCUCCACUUCAACUUGCUGGCCCCGGACAUUCCCAGCUUUACGCUUCUGUAAUCUUACCUUAAGCAACAUCCAAAACCAAGGUGAAAAUCGGGUAUGGAGUUAGAGGCAUUCAUUGGAUGUCAUUCUUUUUUUUUUAAGAUUCCAUUUUUAAGUAAUCUCUAUACCCAACGUGGGGCUACGAACUCACAUCCCCCAAGAUCAAGAGUCACACGCUCCGCCGACUGAGCCAGCCCAGGGCUUCCCAAUGUCAUUCUGCGAAAGGUCUGGUUUCUGUUGGGUAAGGAAGAGCCCAAAGGCUGUGACAGUCUGAGUGUUAUUUAUGCCAUUUAAUUCAGCUGGAUAGGUUUCUGUUCUGAAACUUGUAAAAUGUCUGUGAGCCUGGAGUGGAGUUUCUGGCUGACACUGAUGGAAAGACACAUCCCCUGCAUGACACGCCUGAGAAUGUACCGUAGGCUGUUCAUUUCCUCGUGUUGUUGGUUUUCAGAAACUUCCAGAAACAGCUGACCACAUCGUGGAAGUUAUAAAUCAGGUGUGGUGAUGUCUCCAAACUUCCUAGAGCCAAGUCCAGCUGAGUAAACUCAACGCUGCGGCAGAUGGCAGAAUCCUGAUGUGCCGGGAAAUUCUGAAAAGACCUCACACUGGUAGGUCUUGCUGCAGAGAACUGACAGGCACAGCUGGGUCACAAUUGCGACCUGCAAGUGUGCGGGGAACCUGCACUAGCCUUGUCCUCCGACGCUGAUUCUGCCGCGGCUGACCCACCCCGUGCCUCUGUCCACUGCACCUGCUGCUGUGGUUAGGACCACCGACCCUGCAGCUUGCGUGGGGAGCCAGAGAUUGUUGCUGCUGGUGAUCUGAAAUCAUGAAGGUGCACUCAGAGAGAAUCUUGGACAUAAGUCAGGAUUUCAUCUGAUAUGCCAACAGAGAAAAUCCUCAUCGAAAGGUAGAUCUGACAAUUUCUCACUCUGCUGCAUUUGUCGAGUAUUUCCAAAAUUAGUGUGUAAGUUUUUCCUAGUCCUAUAUAAGUCACUGUGAAUGUCAUAUGGAAAGAACCUUAUAGGAUAUCCAGAAAACAUCAGGUUUAUUUCCUGAGAUGAACAAAUUGGCUCAUGGUUUAGGUCACUAUCAUUUCCUAUUCGGCACAAUAUUAUCUUGUCAGUUACUGCCUUCAUGCCUAGAUUUAUUUAAAAGGCUUCUUUCAAAGGCUGCAGCCUUUGAAACAGGGUAGAGAAACCCGAACUCGUUCUGUUGCAUCAUGGCACCAAGAAGGGAACGAAGAUUGAGGGAUCCUUAUUUAAAGUCAGUUUGGCAGCAGGUGUUUUCCAUUGAGCUACCUUUAGUCCUCAUUAGUACAGGAUCCUUUAUGGCUGGGGAAGAACAUAGGUCAUCCAACACAGCUACUCCGGUGGUCAGCGUUAAAGGGAGCUUCCGUUUUGUUCUUGUGAGCGCUCUGUUCCCUCUUUGUUUGGGAGAGUUCUUGAGUUUCCAGUGGUAAUAACCUAGCUGCCAUUUUUAAAAACGAAGAGUGCCCUCGAUCAAGCCCAGGUCCACUGCCUUUCUUUGGUGAGAAGUCUGUACACCAUCCUGCCCUUGUCUUCAGGUUUAAUCGUCUGAACAUGGUUCUUGGCCCAACGAAUCGUCUUAGCAGCCUGAUCCUGCCACGCACAAUUCCGCUUUGAUAUGUUCUAGAACAAGUUCUCCUUUGACACCCCAGACAGUAGGUGUCAAGUCUAGUUUGUGGUUCGUUCUAAAGAUACAUCUUUUUGUUCAGAUUUCAACUAUGAAAUGGAGGUGGGAGUAAAGAUUCAGCUUUCCCUUUCUUGUUCUGCUCAAGAUACUUUAACCCCCCGCCCCCCACCUUGGAAAUCAGUGCCGGGAAUCUGGAAGAAUAAUCUGGCAGAUUUCUUCAUUGGCGGAUGAACCACAUCUCCGUACAAGAAGGGUUUCUAGGGGAAGGUGGUGUGGGUUAGGACAGAUUUUGGCAGUUGAGAGGUCAUCAGCCCCAUCAACUCUUUUGGGAGAUGGUGCCCAGACACCAGGUUGCUGCUGAAGAUCAGUCCCUGUGGCUGGGGCAUCCCCUGCGCUGAUUUGCUUGGGUCUGGACUAUCUGAACUAAUCAAGACGGCAGGGGAAUGGGAUUAUCCUGAUUGGCUGAGCGGGUUGUCAGUCUCAGGAAACCCCAUAGCUGUUACCCAGGGCAAGAGGUGGAAUGAAUAUCCGGAGCCGGUGAUUCUGCACAUAGGCAUGGACUGUUUUCUAUAUAUGCAUUUGAGACCCCACUGUAUGUACAGCUAAACUACGGUUAGCAAUUUUGCUGUUGUUUAUUUAUUUUGUUGUUGUUUAGAGUAGCAUUAUUUAUAUUAAUAAAAAUACGUGACACAAGCCAAAUACUCAGCAAAAGGGGAACAACGAAAUGGGAUACCCAUUUGGGGACGCAUGGUAGCCUUAACUUUCCCAAAGCUUGGAAAUGACUGGGCGUGAAGCCAAUGGUAAGAAGUCAUGUUUAUAUGGUGUUGUUUUCUAAUUCAAAGCCAUCUCUGGUUAUGUCUUCCUGACGAAGAGGAUGUGGACCUUGGGCGAGGAAAGGUGUUCUCCGAAAUAACAUUCGGCACCGCACUAACAGGUCUAACAACAACUUCAUUAUUCCCCUUCACGCUUUUCAGAUUUUCAACACGAUGAAUGUGCGAGCGAAGGGCUUUCUUGUAUUCCUGCUAUGGCUUUCUUUGUCAUUUCCAAGAAACUUUGGCCUGUUCCCAAGCCAACAAAGGACUACCAGCCAGACUCCCAGAAAUCAUGUUGGUAGGAUCCCAGUCCUUCUCUCCUGGGGGGCCCAAUGGGAUCAUCAGAAGCCAGUCCUUCGCGGGGUUCAGCGGCCUUCAGGAGAGACGGUCCAGAUGUAACUCCUUCAUCGAAAAUCCCUCCGCUCUCAAGAAGCCUCAGGCCAAACUGAAGAAAAUGCACAAUUUAGGACACAAAAACAACAACCCUCCCAAAGAGCCUCAGCCUCAGAGGGUGGAAGAGGUCGUCAGAGCCUUGAAAAACGGACUCGAUGAAUAUCUGGAGGUUCACCAGACAGAGUUGGACAAGCUGACAGCUCAGUUAAAAGAUAUGAGAAGAAACUCUCGCCUGGGUGUGCUGUAUGACCUAGACAAGCAAAUUAAAACGAUUGAAAGAUACAUGAGACGCCUGGAAUUUCACAUUAGUAAGGUAGAUGAACUCUACGAAGGGUACUGUAUCCAAAGACGCCUCCAAGAUGGUGCCAGCAAAAUGAAGCAAGCCUUCGCGGCCUCGCCUAGCAGCCGAGCUGCCCGUGAGAGCCUGUCGGAGAUCAGUCGCAGCUACAGGGAGUACACGGAGAAUAUGUGCACCAUCGAGGCAGAGCUGGAGAAUCUGCUGGGGGAGUUCUCCAUCAAGAUGAAAGGUCUGGCUGGUUUUGCUCGCCUCUGUCCGGGAGAUCAAUAUGAAAUUUUCAUGAAGUACGGCCGACAGAGGUGGAAGCUGAAAGGCAAGAUAGAAGCCAAUGGCAAGCAGAGCUGGGAUGGGGAGGAAGUGGUGUUCCUGCCCCUGAUCGUUGGAUUCAUCUCCAUCAAGGUCACAGAACUCAAAGGGCUCGCCACACACCUCCUGGUCGGCAGUGUGACCUGCGAGACCAAAGAGCUCUUUGCUGCCCGACCUCAGGUGGUGGCCGUUGACAUUAACGACCUCGGCACCAUCAAACUGAGCCUGGAGAUCACCUGGUACCCAUUUGAUGUGGAGGACAUGACCGCGUCCUCGGGCGCUGGGAACAAGGCGGCAGCCCUCCAGAGGAGAAUGUCCAUGUACAGCCAGGGUACUCCAGAGACGCCCACUUUGAAGGAUCACUCCUUCUUCUCUAAUCUACCUGAUGACGUCUUUGACCACGGAAAGGCAGCUGAGGAGAAAACGCCCCUGUCUCUCAGCGUCAGCGACCUGCCCAACGGGGACUGUGCCCUCACCCCCCACCCCACCGGCUCUCCGUCCACCACGGGCUCAGCAAAUCCAGAAAUUACCAUCACCCCCUCAGAGCUCAGCCACAGCAACCUGGCCUCCCAGAACGAGGGCACGGAGGACUCCGGCUCAGCAUCUUCCAGAAGCUCCUCCAGAGGAGGCCCAGAGCCAGAGCCACAGGUGAAGGAGGACACAGACGGGCCCCGGACCCCUGAGGCGGGCCAAGCGUCUGCAGGGGCCGGCCCGGCGCACCUGUUCCUGGAGAAGGAUGUGGCAGAGGCUCUCCUGCGAGAGUCUGACGAGGCCUCUGAGCUCAAGCCCGUGGAGCUGGACACGUUCGAAGGAAACAUCACGAAGCAGCUGGUCAAGAGGCUCACUUCGGCCGAGGUGCCGGUGGCCACGGAGAGGCUGCUCUUUGAGGGCUCUGUCAGUGGAGAGUCCGAAGGCUGUAGAUCCUUCCUCGAUGGAAGCUUGGAGGAUGCGUUCAGUGGGCUAUUCCUUGCAUUAGAACCACAUAAAGAGCAGUACAAAGAGUUUCAGGAUCUGAACCAGGAAGUCAUGCGUUUGGAUGAUAUCCUAAAAUGCAAGCCAGCCGGAAGCCGCAGCAGGUCUUCCAGUUUAAGUCUUACAGUUGAAAGUGCUUUAGAAAGCUUUGAUUUCCUGAACACCUCUGAUUUUGACGAGGAGGAGGAGGAUGGUGAUGAGGUUUGUAAUGUUGGUGGAGGCGCGGACUCAGUAUUUUCAGACACUGAGACUGAGAAAAAUAGCACUUACAGAUCAGUACACCCCGAAGCCAGGGGGCACCUCAGCGAAGCGCUGACGGAAGACACGGGAGUUGGGACUAGUGUGGCCGGAAGCCCCCUGCCGCUGACCACAGGCAAUGAGAGUCUGGACAUCGCCAUUGUCGGGCACCUUCAAUACUGCACCCGGCUCGUUCAGCAAAUUGUUUUCUCAAGCAAAACCCCAUUCGUGGUGAGCAAUCUCUUAGAGAAGCUUUCUAGGCAAAUCCAGGUGGUGGAGAAACUGUCAGCAGUCAGCCAUGAGAACAUAGGGAACAUGAGUUCCGUCAUUGAAGCCAUCCCAGAAUUUCACAAAAAGCUGUCUUUGCUGUCCUUCUGGACCAAGUGCUGCAGCCCAGUGGCCGUCUACCACAGCUCGGCCGACCGAGUGAUGAAGCAGCUAGAAGCUGGCUUCGCCAGGACCAUCAACAGAGAAUACCCAGGACUUGCAGACCCAGUGUUCCGCACCCUGGUCUCCCAAAUCCUGGACCGGGCUGAGCCUCUGCUCCCCUCCAGCCUCCCUUUGGAAGUCAUCACUGUUUUCCAGUAUUACAGUUACUUUACCAGCCACGGUGUGAGCGACCUCGAGAGUCACGUGAACCAGCUGGCCAAGCAAGUUUCCUUGAUUCAGACUCUGCAAUCGCUGAGAGAUGAGAAACUGCUGCAGGCCAUGAGUGACCUCGCACCCAGCAGCCUCCCAGCCCAGCAGGAAGUACUCCGGACCCUGGCCCUGCUGCUCAUGAGGAAUGACAGCCAAGUGAGCCAGGCUGUGAUGCUUUACCUGGCCGCAGCCUCCAGAGAUGAGCAUUUCAGGGAAAAGGCCUUGCUCUAUUACUGUGAAGCGCUGACAAAGGCAAACCUCCAGCUCCAGAAGGCAGCUUGUCUGGCCCUGAAGAGCCUGCAGGCCACCGAAAGCAUUAAAAUGCUCGUGACAUUGUGUCAGUCCGACACUGAAGAAAUCAGAAACGUGGCCUCCGAGACCCUCUUGUCUCUCGGGGAAGACGGGCGGCUGGCAUAUGAACAACUGGACAAGUUUCCUCACUGUGUUCACGUUGGAGGGCGCCAUGGGACGGAAGUCGCUACGGCAUUUUAAUGUGCUCUCCUGUACAGCUCUCUUUCUAAAUGGCCCUGUUCAUCAAGGUGGUGCUGGGGUCGAGCGGGAAUGCUUACAACUUGAAGCGCUCUGUUGAGAUUGUCUGGAAAUGUAACGUGUUAUAGAUAGAAUUCAAAAUCGAGUUUUCCAGGACCUAGCCACUUUUCCUUUGGCCAGUAGAAUCGGGCUGUGUAGUACUCUGUAGAUUUUAUUGUCGAUGGCGUCUGACAGUACUUAGUUAAAGAGCCCAUCUUAUCGCGUAUGUGUGGAAUUUUAAAACAGCCAUCUUUGUACUUUUUUGGAAGUUCUUCUAUAAGCCUAAAAUAGUCACGUGAUGCUUUGAUGCCUAUCCUACGCCUUGCAGUUUUUCUCUGUCGUGUUCUCAGGGUUGAGUGGCCCCGUUAGCUACCUAAUUUCACCUUAAUGCAAAGCACAAAAAAAAAAAAGAAUUUCUUCAAAUAAAGAUUUGCCUGCAGAACUUGGUAAAACGACACAUUGUAAGAGUUUAAUUUUUCUUUUAAUUUUAUUUUCCUCAAGCCUCCACUACUUCUUUUGUUUCUUUUCUCCAUCCUGAAAGUCCCAAAAGCAUGUUUCCAUGGUUAAAAGACAGGUGGAUGACUAAGAGCUACCUUAUUAAGUUUAUACCUGUACUCCUUAAAAAAACACAUUCAAAGUUUAAGCUUUUUUAAACAAGAGCCAUUUUUUUAUGAUACUUUUACAAUAGAGAUAUUUUGCUGCUAUGACCAAUCAAAACCAAAAGUCAUGGAUUCAGAAAGCUGUGACGCUCUUUGAAGUAGAAGUACUUGGAAGUUGGAGGACUCUUAAUGGGGUGAGAGCAGAAGGACAUUCCAAGUGGUCCUUGCUUCUACAGGAAUUACCAUGAGAUUAGGAAGGAGAAGAAUGCCCCUAGGGACCGUCACUGCCCCCAGAGAAAUCAUUGAUCCCUGGGUGGGAUCUCUUGGCCAAAUAGUUAAAGUAACAGCUUCCUUUAUUGCUUCCCUAUCAGGGUAGCAAGUCCUCUAAAUAAACUACAAGACCACUCAAUAGCUUUUCUUCCUCUUAAGAGUAUACAUGAUGGGAUAUGCCAAGAUCUCAAAAUAAUAUGUGUGAGUGUUAUUUAAACUGUGGAAUAUCAACUGUAUUCUGGACGUGUUUGUAUAAAAUAUCAUUUAGGUGUCUUUCAAAUAUUUACAUUUUAGCAAGACCUUUAAGAACAACUCGUAUUCCAUUUUAAAGUAAAAAUUGUUGGGGUGCCUGGCUGGCUCAGUUGGUAGAGCAUGUGACUCUUGAUCCCAGGGUCAUGAGUUUGAGCCCCACAUUGGGCGUGGAGCCUACUUAAAAUAAAAAAUUAAAAAAAAAAAAAGUAAAAAUUGUUUGCCAGGCUUCCUGGCAAAUAGUUCUUUCAACUGUGAAGUCAUAAUGUGUAUAUAUAUUUGUAUAUUUAUAAAUAUUAUAUAUAUGCAUAUAUCCUUCAUUUUAAAGGUACAUUGUACAGUCUAUGGUUAGUAUGUAUAGUCUAUAGUCUAUGUUAAAUGGUUGAAAUGAUUCUUUUUACAGAAAGUCAAAUCACAAAUGUUACAGUUUUUUGUUUGGUUUGUUUGGGUUUUUUUUCUAAUUUUUUGAAUAUUGCAUGAGUAAUUAAUUCCAUAUCUUUUGUAUUCAUUUCUGCAUUUUAUUUUUGCUCGAAGGGGGUGCUUUUAGUUUUGUGGCAUUUGUAUCCAUCACUCUUUCAAUCAUGUAAGUUAAAAUAAAAAUUAUUUUUGAAUUACUAG